CACCCUCGUCACCACCACCUUUCACCAUGGCCACGCACCUCCACCUCCCACCGGCCGUCGUCCUGGGCCUGGCCGCCGUCGGCGCCGCCUUCGUCUUCACCAAGGCCUUCAACUUCGUCCGCGUCCUGUUCUCGCUGUUCAUUCUGCCCGGCACUUCUCUCUCCAAGUUCGGCCCCAAGGGCUCCUGGGCCGUCGUCACGGGCGCCUCGGACGGCAUCGGCAAAGAAUACGCGCAGCAGCUCGCGCGCAAAGGCUUCAACGUGCUGUUGAUCUCGCGCACCCAGAGCAAGCUGGACGCGCUAGCGCAGGAAAUCGAAGCCGCGAACCCGGGCGUCAAAGCCUCGACGCUGGCAAUGGACUUCGCGGCGAACAACGACGCGGACUACGCGCGCGUCGAAGCCGCAGUCAAGGACCUCGACGUCAGCAUCCUCGUCAACAACGUCGGCCUGUCCCACAGCAUCCCCGUGCCGUUCCUGCAGACGCCCCUCGCCGAAAUGCGCGACAUCAUCACCAUCAACUGCGUCGGCACGCUGCGCGUCACGCAGGCCGUGGCGCCGCGGCUCGUCGCCCGCAAGCGCGGCCUCAUCCUCACGAUGGCGUCGUUCGGGGGCGUGCUGCCGACGCCCCUGCUCGCGACCUACAGCGGCUCCAAGGCGUUUCUGCAGAACUGGUCGAGCGCGCUGGGCGCGGAGCUUGCGCCCUCGGGCGUGCGCGUCCAGCUCGUCCAGUCCUACCUCGUCACCAGCGCCAUGAGCAAGGUCCGCCGCGCGUCGGCCAUGAUCCCCACGCCCAAGGCGUUUGUGCGCGCCGCGCUGGGUAAGAUUGGCCGUUCUGGUGGUGCCCAGGGUAUUGCGUAUACCAGCACCCCGUUUUGGAGCCAUGGACUGCUGCAUUAUGCUAUUGCGACUGUUGCAGGCACGAUGAAUAAGCUUACGCUGGGGAUUAAUUUGGGCAUGCAUGCGGAUAUUAGGAAGAGGGCGUUGAGGAAGGCGGAGAGGGAGGCAAAGAAGCAGUAGGGUUGGUGAGUGGACUAAAUUGUGGGGGGAGGGAGCGGAGAGGAAGGAGGCAGGGCACAGAGGUGCAUGCCAAAGCCGGGAUAUAUACAAGAAUCCAAAAUGAAAGCUAGGCGUAUGUACAAAACAGCAACAAAAAAGUACAGCACGCAGUCUUUCCACGACCGUCUAAAUCUAAACGCC